AUGGCUCAAGAAGGCAUCUUCGCUUCCAGCCUCCUCUCCCCCGAGGUCUCUGCUGCCCUGCCUGAGGGUUACACCCUCCGCGCCCUGCGCAAGUCCGACUACGAUAGCGGAUUCCUCGAUUGCCUACGUGUUCUCACUACUGUUGGCGACAUCAGCAGGGCCGAUUUUGAGCAGCAGUACGACCACAUGGCCAGUGCCGCCAGCUACUACGUUAUCAUCAUUGAGGACACCACCAAGACUGAGCGCCCCGUAGUUGGUACGGGUGCUUUAAUUGUCGAGCGCAAGUUCAUUCACAGUCUUGGCGCCGUCGGCCACAUUGAGGAUAUCGCCGUCGCAAAGGACCAGCAGGGCAAGAAACUCGGCCUCCGAAUCAUCCAGGCCCUCGACUUUGUUGCCGAGCAGACUGGCUGUUACAAGAGCAUUCUCGACUGCAGCGAGGCUAACGAAGGUUUUUACGUUAAGUGCGGCUUUCGACGAGCCGGUCUCCAGAUGGCCCAUUACUACGAGGAAACCAAGGGUAAAUCCCACUAA